CAGUCAGGAAAACAAAACUGUGGUUGUGUGCCACUGCAGACUCAUAGAUUGACUGAGUCUGACCCAGAUAGAUGCAGACAGAAUCCAUUAAGGUACCACUGAGUCUGUACAGUGCUUCACUGAGUCCGACUUGAGAAGACCGCACCCCCAGAUAUGGCUAUGAGUGGCACUGAAGACAUGCCUCGCCAAUUCCCGAAGGUAACUCUGAGCGAGGCAGAGGAGGAGACUCAGCUGCUAGCAGAGAAAGUUUAUGCAUCUGCGUUAAAGGAGGAAGACAACAAGGAUGCCUUAUCGAUGUUCACCGUGCCUGAGGACUGUCCGAUCGGCCUCCAGCAAGCGAUGGAGCAUGAGCUGCUUAAGGAGCUGGCAGAGCAACAGUCAGAGGAGACUGCCAAGAGGAAGAAAAGCUUGAAGAUGAUUCGCUCCCAGUCAAUGUCCCUGCAGAUCCCAGUGAAUACAGAUUGGACGCGGUCGGUGGCUGUUACACCCUUCCUGUCCCCCAGCUCCACCUGUUCAUCACUGCCAGAAAACUGCCCUGAUUACCAGAGGGUCACUAUCAGUGGUGAUUACUGUGCUGGAAUCACAGUGGAGGACUAUGAACAGGCAGCCAAAAGUCUGUUCAAGGCCCUGCUCAUUCGUGAGAAAUACUCGAAGCUAGCCUAUCAUAGAUUCUGCAGAACCACAGCCCAGUUCCUCCGCAGUGCUGAGAACAUGAGAUGGAGCGAAGAGGAUGAGGUUCUACCAGAUAUGUGCCCGUGUCCGUCGGAGAGGGAGGAUCCCUACAGCAUGGAGAACAUCCCCGAGAACCUGAACUACGUGCUGAAGAUGAAGGAUGGAAUAGUGAAUGUGUACGACAACGCAGAGGCUCUGAGAGAAAACCAGCCCCACGACCUUCCUUACCCAGACUUAGAGACCUUCGCUAUAGAUCUCAGUCACGUGCUGGCAAUGAUCGCAGACGGACCCACGAAGACCUACUGUCACAGACGACUGAAUUUCCUGAGUUCAAAGUUCUACCUCCAUGAGAUGCUCAAUGAGAUGGCUGAGCUGAAGGAACUGAAAAGUGUUCCUCACAGAGAUUUCUACAACGUCAGGAAGGUGGACACACACAUUCACGCAGCUGCCUGCAUGUCUCAGAAACACCUGCUGACCUUCAUCCAGAAAACAUACAAGACUGAUGCAAACCGUGUGGUGCUGGAAAAGAGCGGACAGAAGAUGACUCUGCAGCAGGUUUUCCACAGCCUCAAUAAAGACCCAUACGACCUCACUGUGGACUCUCUGGAUGUACACGCUGGGAGACAAACCUUCCACCGCUUUGAUAAGUUCAAUUCAAAGUAUAACCCAGUGGGAGCCAGUGAGCUUCGAGAAAUCUUCCUCAAAACAGACAACCUCAUUAAUGGAGAGUAUUUUGCUCGCAUCAUAAAGGAAGUGGCCCACGACCUGGAGGAGAGUAAGUAUCAGCAUGCAGAGCCACGGCUGUCCAUCUACGGACGCUCUCCAGAGGAGUGGGACAGUCUGUCCAAGUGGUUCAUUCAUCACAAAGUGCACUCUCCAAACAUGAGGUGGAUCAUUCAGGUGCCCAGAAUAUAUGAUAUUUUCAAGGCGAAGAAGCUGGUGCCUAAUUUUGCCAAGAUGCUGGAGAACAUAUUCCUUCCUCUGUUUGAGGCCACUGUUAAUCCACAGAGGCACAAAGAACUUCACGUUUUCCUCACAUAUGUGUCAGGCUUUGACAGCGUGGACGAUGAGUCCAAACACAGCGAUCACAUGUUCUCCUUCAGGAGCCCAAAGCCAGAGCUGUGGACCACAGACGACAACCCUCCCUACAGCUACUACAUCUUCCACAUGUACGCAAACAUCAUGGUCCUCAACAACCUCAGGAAAGAACUUGGACUGAGCACCUUCCAGUUCCGUCCUCACUGUGGAGAAGCUGGAUCAAUCACUCACCUGGUCUCUGCCUUUCUCACCUCUGACAACAUCUCACAUGGACUCAACCUGAAGAAGAGCCCUGUGCUGCAGUACCUGUACUACCUGGCCCAGGUACCGAUCGCAAUGUCUCCACUCAGCAACAACAGUCUGUUCCUGGAAUACUCCAAAAAUCCUCUCAGAGAAUUCCUGCACAAAGGCCUGUGUGUGUCCCUGUCCACAGACGAUCCCAUGCAGUUCCACUACACCAAGGAGCCGCUGAUGGAGGAGUACGCCAUCGCAGCUCAGCUGUGGAAGCUCAGCACCUGCGAUGUGUGUGAAAUAGCCAGGAACAGUGUGCUGCAGAGUGGACUGUCUCACCAGGAGAAGAAGCACUUCUUAGGCGUGAACUAUCUGAAAGACGGACCUGAGGGGAACGAUAUCCGUCGGACCAACGUGGCUCAGAUCCGCAUGGCCUACAGACACGAGACACUGUGCAAUGAACUCAGCUUCAUCGUCGACGCAGUGAAGUCUGAACCCAUGAACUCCCAGUACGAGUAAACGGACCUCACAUCACAGAAUCCAAGCAUGUUGAGCUCCCAGUUAUCAGCAUCACUUUAUUUUGAAAAGAGCCAUCGACUGAUUCUGAUGUUAAAAUAAUAAUAAUAAUAAUAAUAAUAAUAUCCUGUCAGUUAAAGAGACUCAGCCGGUCACAUGGACGACUGACAGCACUUUAGAUCUCGAAGGUUUAUAGGAAAGCAGUGGAGCGCUGAAGGUGUGAAGACUCACACACUUGUCAUGACACAGACCCACUGUGUAUAAACCCCUGUACCUUACACUGACUGAGGGGUGUGUCACACACACUGUCUGAAACUUGAAGUUUCUUUGCACAAUGUUUGUUCAGACAAAUCUGAUAACAGAUGGAUGACGUCUGAGACAUUUCCUCUGUCUCCCCUUAAAGAGCUCGUCUUAAAAGGGUUCAUUGAUUCUUUAGGGAAGAUGUUGAUAUGUGAAAGAUGUGGCAGAUGUUUCAUCUUGUAUUGAUGUGGGCUUUUUAAAAUAUGCUUGUAGAAAAGUUUCUUUUACAUGUAUGUCGAUUGUCUGAAGUCUUCAAGGUGAUUGUGUUGUAAACACUGCCAUCUAGUGGCUAAACUGCACCAUUUAAUAAACACAUACAGAACAACAAACUCAAAAAUAAAUGCACUUUACAGCCAUUAUGUUACAUUA